GUUCAACCGAGCACCCUAACAUAACUGCUAUUUUAUCAUGAUUCUUACGCCGGAGCUGACCUGUGCGGCCCCAUCUGAGUAAAUAUCUCUUUCCAAUCUCACUCUAGAGCCCGGGGAAAUCGCAAGGGCUUAAUUUGCGACGCCCGUGCCAUGGAAGGCCGAGUCGGGAGCACCCAGAUGCCUGCCAAGACCCGGCGAGCACAAGCAUGCAAUCAAUGUCGGGCAAAGAAGAUUCGAUGCAAUGGAAAUUUCCCGUGUGCGAAUUGUUUAGAUCGGGCCGUAGAUUGUGUCGUCACGACUCGACGUCGCCCGCGCACGGCAGGUAGACCAAAUCGCGAGUCAACAGAUUUGACUCGACGUAUUGACCAAAUCGAAAACUUGCUGCACGCCUCAGCGGAGAAGGACUCGACGACGCCUGCAGCAGUCCAACCUAACUCUGAUCCCCCAAAAUAUCUUAGUGAACAGUCUGUCAUCUCGAAAUCGCCAACCUUCAUCUACCACCACCCAGAUGGCCAGGCGAUCGAGCCGCUUGUGGUUAGCAACUCAUCACCAGCCGUCCUUGAUGGGCAGGAUAUAGAAGAUGAGAGCAGCAGUGUGUAUGCGGCUGAGGCGCUAAAUCUUGAGUACUACGGCCCGCGAUCCCUAUUAUCAAUUUUCUCGAAGCCUGCGGUAACAUGGAUUAUGUCGAGGGUGAAAACCCCAGGUUUUAAUAUCAUAGCCCUACGGUUUGUUACAGAUGUUAGUCGGACGUUGAAGAUCAACGACACGCUGUCAUCUUCGCGCGCCCCAGAACCUCCCCCAGAAAUUGCAUGGCAAUAUACUAAGGCAUUCUUUGAAGAGGCGCCUGCACAGGCGUUUGGGAUCGUGGACCGCGUUUGGUUUGAGUCCCGACUUCGUGCCCACUUCAAUAACAGCAUGCCUGAUGAUAAGUCCUACUACGCAUUGCGCAAUAUUGUCUGGGCCUCUGGCAGUCGGAUAGUGCUCUCUAAGACGGUUACUAGCUUUGUUGAAACUUGGCAAGCUUCAUGGGCCUGGUUUGAAAAUGCUCUUUCCGUUCACACUGAAAUUAUUUUCUUCCGUUCUUCCAUGAUAGCGGUUCAAGUUCUAAUUUUGAUGGCAUACUACAGUGAGGGCAUGGGCAAAAUAUCGUUGCAGUACAUGCUUUGUUCUGAUGCUAUACGGCUUUCGUGCGCCAAAGGACUACAUAGACAACCUGCUCGUUCCUGGAAUAUUUCGCUACAUGAGAUCUCUCACAGAAACUGGAUGUUCUGGUCUAUCUAUUGCUUAGAGAAACAAAUCUGCUCGCGAUCAGGCCGUCCGUCGAUCAUAGAUGACGAUGAAAUUAGUUCUCAAGUACCAGAGAAAGCAUUAAGCGGACAGCUAGGUGAUACCAUAUACUGCCAUGUACUCAUUCAGCUGAUACGACUCUGUUCCACUACUAAGAAGCGCCUCUCUAGCGCACAGGCGUUGCGACAAACGCCUGCUCAGCUGAUAGAAACCAUCCGUAACCUAAAUCAGGAACUCGAUGGACUAAAACGCUCCAUACAGCCAGAUUUCGCCCUUGAUGCUCCGCUCGAGACUUCUCAAUUGCCAAAGGGGAUGACAUUGCGCCAGGCUCAAUCGCUUCAAUCACAUUACUUCUCUCUCGUUCUAGAUAUUAACACUCCUUUAGCCUACCCGUGGUCAGGCGUUCAUACAUCUAUAGACCAAGAUAUGGCCGCUCUUGCUCAAAUUGGGGCGUCAUGCGACGCUGUGGCACGCGCUUCGAGAGCAGCUAUUCUUGCGACCCGGCAGAUCCGCGUUGAUGCCAGCUGCACAGCACUAGUUGCCACAUAUACCCCGGUAUACUGUUUCAGCAACCUUUUUCUUCAUAUUCUACGGAAUACUACCACGGCGCAGUCCGAUUUGGUGCUUUUAGAUAUGGCUCUUGGAUAUUUUUCCAACAUCGAGUUCGUCACAGGUCUUGAGCUAUCCUUCCGGUUCGUAAGGGAAAUGUGCCACUUCGCUCGCCUAGCAGUGGAGGAAAUGCAAAAGACCAAACAGGGCGCUGGUGAAAUAAACAACCCUGCCGAGUUGACUCCUCUGUCUCGUGACCAUAUAAUGGAUAUAGUUGCUUCUGAUAUGGUGGAUAAUUUUCCUCUGCAUGUACGUGUGCUUUAAUUUUGGAUCCCUUCUAAUUUCGUAUUGGUGCUGGUGCUAUCUAUCCGCUUAUUUGCGGGAUCAGUCUAGUGAAGAAUAAGCUUUGAUUUUUCUAUUCAGUUGUCCGCUUUGUUUCGCUCGUUUCAC